UCGUUUAUUCACCACUGCUUCACUCCUCAAACAUCAGCAGGACUGACACACUUUAUAAAGCGCUUUAGUUCCUCUUCUGUUAACUAUUCUCCUGCUGGGUCUCUCUUCUACUGUAUCUGUCGCCAGAUCUGUGCUCGGAUCCUGUCAGGAAUAUUCUUCUGCUCUCGCAUGAGUUGAUGAUUGACGGAGACUCCUCCCAAACAAACUUCCUCUAACUCUCGUCUGAAGUGUGUGUGGAGAUCCGAGCUCGAUCGGAAGUUGUCUUCGGCCUCGACUCUCUCGACUCUCGGAUGUUAGGUUCGGCAGUGUCCACAUGAUGUCCGAUCUGAAGAGGCAGAUGUCCUGGCACGAGGAUUUCGCCAGAAACCUCUCCAGAUUCUUUUCCAGAAAUAAAUCCGCGGACAGCGAGGGGAAUGGAAGUGAGGUCAGAGAGGCUGAUGGGUCGGCAGUGUCCUGCAGCGCUGAGCGAGAUCCUGAUCAAACACCUGAGAAGCUCCUGGACCCAGCACAGGAAGAUCCGUCACAGGAGUCGCAGUCGUCUGACGUCCCGGACGGAAACACAGCGUCACAGACGGAGGACGGAUCUGGAGGGGAUGCCAGGGACUCGGCUCCUUCAAGCUCCACUGUGCCCCCUGCUGAUGGCUUCCUCAGACGCCUGGGAAGCCUGUUUCAUUUCAGCCGGACAGAACCGGCCGGAGCCCAGCGAGAGAGACGGAGCGAUGCGGACAGCAGCAGUCUGACUACAACACAGAGAGACACGCAAACAAGCGCAGAGACCCUGGAGAGCAGAGGAGGGGCAGAACCACGUGAUCCAGCACUGACCGCAGAGACAUCCCUGUGUCAUUCAGAGCACACACACACACCUUCGGAGGAGCAGUCUGAGGAGGACAGACGUGAUGCUGUAAACAUCGAUGCCAAAGAGAGCUUGGAGGACAGGAGACGGUUUGAUCUAGCCUGUCCUCCUGUAGUGACUUACGGCACGUACCGUGGAUCGAGGGAAGUCCGGAAACCAAAGAAGAAGCAUCGGGUGGAGCUUCAUUCGCCCAUCUCUGAGGGAGAAGAGGCUACACAACCCGACGGCCAUGAGGACAGUGAGAUCUCCUCGUGUGCUGUAAACACCAUGAGCACUGAGAGUCAGGAAUAUCCCACAGCUGUGAAUCAAGCAUCUCCUUCCCAGGACACGUUGGCUCAGAGUGUCUUAUCAGACAGGGUUCCAGCUGUUGAAUCUGAACUAACUCCAUCCCAUACACAUCCUCAUGUUGCAGACCAUGGUCCGUUGCUUUCCUGCAUAGAGACAGAACAAAGUCCACCAAAGGAUCCAGUGAACAGAGGACAGGUGCAUCUCGCUCUGAGCGCUACGCCACAGACGCUAUCAGAGGACAACGCUGAUCUGACCGCUUCAGACACCAACACAGACCAUCACCAAACUCAGAGCUCAGAGCCAGCUUUAACUGUAGACAGAACAGAUGAUCUAGUCCCUGGCUCUCAGGCGUGCUGGACCCUGGAGGAGUUUGAGCUGAAACAGACUGUGGUGGAUUUUGGGAUGGAUGACAAAGUUCUGCAAUUGGAGUCUAAAAAGAUGGUGGAUAGCAUCCUGACAAAUGCCCUCGCUGCCCUGCAUAAGAUGGAAGCGUCCGAGAUGGAGCAUGACGUCAUGUUGACCUGUGACCCUAACAAAGGCUCGGAGGCGGUGCUGUGUGAAGGGUCAGAAGACUGUGGAGAUGGAGGCACUAAUGCAGAGCGUCAGUUUGGUGUGGUGUUGACAGACCAGGUGCUGUCUGCUGUUCUGGAGGAAACGCUAGCAGGGAGUUGUAGCCUUGUGGACUGCAGCAGGUCCCCGCCCUCCUCAGGAUACGAGUCCAUCGCUGGCUCCGACACGGACAUCAGGUGCGUUGUGGGCGUGGCCUCUGACGUCACCACUGCCAGCGCUCCAGUCGGAUCUCAGAAUGAGAAUCAGGAUGCUCUGGAAUAUCUCUUUGAAGAAAAGAAUUUGGAUGGAACCGCGUCCCGUAAGAGCAGCGGGAGAAACUCUGUGCUCAGUGCUGCUGCUGAUGAGCCAUUAUCCCCUAAUCUCCACAGUCUUCAUAAAACAGACAUCAAGCUCUUGUCAGAGGAGUCUCUCUGGCAGGAGCAGCACACGGGUGAUGUUUCCGUAUGUGAAGCGGAGUGGGUAAGAGGGGAAAAGAGACCUCAGGGUACAGCCAAAGACAAUGCAAUGAGCAAUAACUGUCAACUCAGCCUGAAUGGUUCCAGUGGCACUUCUGGCACGGCUCCAUCAGCACAUCAGGAGAGUCUUCAACAAAGCCAAACUCUCAGUGUAAUGGGGAAGUCAGACCCCGUUAGCCACAGUCUUGUAUCUGACACAGCGGAUGCAGAUAUGAUGUCAGAGAUCACACAAAGCCAUACUCCUGAGAAGACAGAAUGCAGUGAUGAGCAGGAACAGAUCUGCCGAGUCUCUCAGGCUGGAAUAGAUUCACAUGUCCUGCCAUCCGUGACUGAAGUGGACCAUCCUUCUCAGUGGGCCACGGUCCAAGCGUUUCGCUGCGAUGUCACCGACGACCAAAGCCUGAGCCCUGCUACACUCAAGGAGCAUUUCAGCGUGAACCAAGCAGAUGCUGGAACGUCACUCGUGUCAGUUUCAGGUCGUAGAAUUCACCUUGACCCUGUGGACAGCUCCAGCAGGACCGCAGCUGUCGUUCCCCAACACUCCCGCUCUCACGAUCUUGACCUCCACCAGCUCGACGGAGGCUUCGCCAUCAUCAGUGAGGAGGAAGAAAGUGACAUGGUGUUCGUGAACGACAUGGGGCCCAUUCACAGUCCCAGCACACGUCGAGCCAAAGCAUACCCCUUCUCCCUGUCUCCUAUCUACGAGGAGGAGUUCGGCCGAGAGGAGGCUUCAGGGCAGCAGACUCUGCAGGUUCCUCCAGUGACAGAAGAGGAGCAGAGGAGCGUGGAGCAGCCGGCCUCGUCCAUCCUUUCCCUCCUGCAGUCAGUCAGCGAGAAGCUUCAAUCCAGUGUGGUCUCCAGUUCAGUCGAGCAGUCCGUCCACGCAGCGCCGAGCCGAGAUGACAGUGAGGACGAUGAUGAGGACUCCAGCAUCCCACAGAGCCGCCAGCUCAUUGAGGCCAAACCUGAGCAUGAGACUGCUCAUGACACUCCGGAUAGAAUACAGGAGGAACGGGAAUGUGAUGACACACUGUUAAAUAUUGGGAAGAACACCAAUACACCUUUUUAUCAGUACUUGAAAUCUGGAAUACUGCCAUCAGGUGAUGGAGAACCGGAAGACUCUAAACAGAUUGUGUGUCGUAGUGCAGGCAACACGACGGUCACGGGAGAGAUCGGAGGGUUCGGAAAGGUCAACCCUAGACCUGCAGCAGUGCUGGUCUACGAGAGUCAGUCGCUGAGCGCUCAGAGGAGAGACAUCUGUCAUGACGUGGAGGAUGCUGGGAGGGAUCUGUUUGCUCACAGAGGAACGCUUCACGCGCUGAGAGGAUGUUGGCUGCUGUAUGUGGACUCGUGGUUCCGUGGCUCAUGUGUUCUUCUGGAGGAGGGUCAGACUGUGACCAGCGGAGGAUCUCAGCAGGACCUGAAGGAGACCAGUGAGCCCUGCAGGACUGAUGUCAGUGGCGCGCUGACGGUGGGCUCCAUCAGGACGCUGCUGAAGGUAUCAGGAGUUUCUGUGGAUGGCAGUGUUCCAGAGAUCCAUCUGUAUCCCAGCUCGUCUCAGACGGUCCAUCUUCAUUCUGCGUCAGACCUGACCGGUGCUCCGGUGCUCCUCUCUGACCUCUGCGUCAGGACCGGAUGCUGGUUGGUUUAUGAGCAGCCUGGAUUCAGCGGCAGAUCCGCCGUUCUGGAAACUGACGGGAGAGUCACGCCGCUUCUCCAGAAUUCCCUCCUGUCCUGCGUCAAGAGUCUCCGGCCGUUAGAAAUGGGUGGGCUGCAGGUGAGCAGACCGCUGGACCUGAAGGUGGUGGUGUUUGAGAAGCCGUGGUUCCAGGGUGGGUUCAGGGAGCUGCUGGAUCACGCUCCCCAUCUGACGAACACCGCGGCGUCUCUGCGGGUCACGGGUGGGAUAUGGGUGGCGUUCUCCAGUGAAGGGUUCACAGGUCAUCAGUGUGUGCUGGAGGAGGGUGAAUACACAGACUGUUCUCGUCUGUUCGGCGGGACGGAGCUGUGGAUCCAGUCGCUGCGCUGCGUUCAGACCGAUUUCCUGGAGCCGGCUGUGAGUCUGAAGAUGUCUGAUGAGGACAUGGAUGUUCAUCAGGAGAUCCCUGAUCUGCAGGAGAUCCACGGCCUCUGUGUGAAGAGCGGAGCGUGGGUUGCGUACAGCGAGAGGUGUUUCACUGGACAGCAGUAUGUUCUAGAGAAAGGUCAUUAUCCGGGGCUGCUGGACUGGGGUGAUGGACGGAGCUCAGCGCGGUCACUGCGGCCCAUUCACAGGGAAGUCUGUCGGAUCGCGGAACCAAAGUUUUUGCUGCGUGUUUACUGCCAGACGCAGUACAGCGGCCAGAGCCGAGAGUUUGAGAGCGGCGUUCCUGACUGUGCUGUUCCUGGUGUGGCGUCACUGAGGGUGAUCCGAGGAAGUUGGCUGCUGUUCGAUGAGGAGUGUUACUCUGGUAACCAGUAUAUCCUGGGGGAGGGGCAUUACCCUGAUCUCACUUCCUGUGGCUGCACAUCCACAGCCAUUAAGUCUUUGAAGCCCAUUCCAUACAGUUUCGCCGAGCCGUCCGUGAGUGUCUUCUCUCUCAGCGGUUUCGAAGGCCUUGAGGAUUCCUUGUGUUCAGACGCGGAGGAUAUGAGCCACUUCUUCAUCCAGUCUGUGAGAGUCCACAGCGGCCUGUGGGUGGCGUAUGAAUACGCUCGCUUCAGGGGCCGGCAGAUGCUGCUGCAGCCGGGAGGAUAUGCGCUUUGGGCCGAACACAGCGGCUGGGACACAAUUGGAUCGUUGAAGCCUCUCAGACAGCCCAAAGCGUACAUCCAGCUGCGGAGCCGAGCUCGGGGUUCAGUCCUCACCAGCGAGAACCUUCCAGACGGAUCCUUUCCAGCCAAACUCUUCCUGAGUCCCGCUGACCGCUCGCUGGACACACAGCGCUGGAUCUUCACCCACGGCCUCCUGAAGAACACGGCGCGGAGGGGCUGUCUGUCUGUGAUCGGUGCGAAGGCCUGUGCCGGAGCCCCAGUGGCAUUAUGGGAAGAGCACGGGCGCAUCAACCAGCGCUGGAGUCUGAAUGAGGACGGAAGCAUCUGCUCUCAUCUGAACCGCAGCCUGGUGCUGGACCUCAGAGGUGGAUGUGGUCCGGACAGAGAUCAUCUGAUUCUGAGUCCUCUUCACGCUGAUAGUGCCACUCAAACCUGGGACAUCGACGUGCUGUGAUGCACAGAAACACACGUGUUAUCAGGGACUGAAGCCAAAUCAGAGCCAAUCCUUCAGAUUCAGCUACUCACCUACAAGCCAAUAAUCGAUUCUGGGCCCUUUUGCUGGAAAAGACAGUCUAGCACUGUUUGAAACUGCUCUGUGACUGUGGAGGAACGAGCCUCUGUGUGUGUUUUUAUCUUGUUCAGCGCACUUGCACUAGCAGAAACCUCACAUGCAUUCUGCAGAUGUUUCAGAUGAAGUCAUGCUUCAUCCUCCUGAAAGUGUCCCAGAGAGCUCUUCUGAUGGAGCUGUAGCAUCACGAAAGCGUUCAGAUGGUCUACGCUAAAGCUAGUCAUUUCACUGGAGUCCUUCAGGAACACUAAUGUGUGUUUCGAGUCAGCCGUGAAUGCACCACAAACAUAUAAUGUGUACGGCGACGCUUAUAAGCAGCAUUUUUUAAAAGAAUCUCAACAAUAAAUCUAAACCGUAAAAAUGCA